CCUGCUCCAAUGAUGAUGUCAGCGCGCACGUGUCGCUUUGGAAGGGGUCCUGUCUUCCGGAAGUAAAAACAAAGAUGGAGGAGCGUGUGAGAAAUCGUGAACGCAAGACUGUAUUGAAUUUACUACGAAUACUUACGUUAUUGUUAGCCUGGCGAAUCAAUUUAAAUAAUAUGCUGCUGCAAAUUACGUCCAUGUUCGUGGCACAACGACGACGUUCUCUACAUGUCUCACAUCGUCAUCGAAUACGUGCACUACGCCUGACGGCGUUACGAAAGAGUCGAAAGUCUCGUAUUGUGUGGAGCCAUCCACGUUCAAUGCACUGGUGGGAUGUUAUUGUUCCUGGAUUUAACCCGACCCAGUUCAUUCAAAAUUUCCGGGUGUCCCGCGCGUCGUUUGAGUACAUCUGCCAGCGACUUUCUCCUGUACUUCAGCGGUCCAACACGAACUUCCGUUUGUGUGUUCCAGUGGAAAAGCGGGUCGCAAUCGCAAUUUGGAAAUUUGCUACAAAUAUUGAAUACAGCACUGUCAGUCGCCUUUUUGGGGUAGGCAACAGUACAGUGUGCCAGUGCGUCCAGGAGGUGUGCAAUGCUGUGAUUAAUGUUCUUCUCCCUAUACACAUCGCCUUCCCCAAUGCUGAAAAAUUUAUGGACAUGGCGGAGUUCUUCAACAAUCAGUGGGGAGUACCGCAAUGUGUUGGUGUGAUAAAGGGAAGCCACGUACCCAUUCUAGCACCAGAGGAAUUUGCUAGUGAUUACUUUAACGACAAGGGAUGGCAUUCUAUAUUUUUACAGGGAACUGUGGAUGGAAAAGGUCAGUUCUGGGAUGUUUGUGUGGGCUUCCCAGGCAGUGUGCAUACUGCAAAGGUAUUGCAACAAUCAGACUUGUGGGACAGACUGCAAGAUGGAAAUUUGCUAGGUCAACACAAAAUCACCAUAGCAGGCCACGACGUUGGACAUUACCUGAUUGGAGACCCAGCUUACCCCCUUCUAAAGUGGCUCCUUAAACCUUUUGCUGACACUGAACUGCUGGCACAUCCGCAUCAACGAUUCAACAGCAAAAUAAGCAGCAUGAGUUCCGUAGCUGAAGCGGCAUUUGGCAGGCUGAAAGGAAGAUGGCGGUGCCUUUUGAAAAGGAAUGACUGUAAACUAGAGCUGACGAAGAAGAUGGCGCUAGCAUGCUGUGUGCUGCACAACAUCUGCGAGGAGCAUGGAGAUGCAUUCCUGGAUGAGCUGCCAGACAUGCAUGCCGAUCUGCAGCCCCCCACAUCAUCUGUGCCGUCCGAGGAAGCGCAUGCUGAAGGAAUUGCUGUGCAAGCUGCAUUAAUGGACUACUUUAAUAGACAGGGAGAGUGAAGACACACACAAAAGAUUUUUAUAAACUUAUUUUGCACACGUAUAAACAUGGCAUUUUUGUAUGUACAAUAAAUAUAAAAAGUGAUGCACCUG